GGGGCGGCGGCGCCCGGGUUAAUGUCCGCCCCGCCCCGGCGCGCUGACUCAGUUUCACCAGAAACUUGGGAGAGGAGAAGGCGGAUCUCCCGCAAACCCUGCACCUGGGCGGAAGCGGCGACCGGAGCCGCGCAGGAAGUCGGGACCGGAACCUCUGACGCCCCGACCCCACCCCGCUCACCUGCGCAGGUAACCGGGGCCCGGAGACGGAGCGGGCUCGGAGCAUGUUUGGCCCUUUGUUCCCCGCUCGUGCGUGUGUCCGGGUCGCCGGCGCCCUCGGAGCCCAGAGGCCAGCGCAGUGAAGGUGACCCCCGUGGGCGAGACGGCGACGGCCCCUGGGACGGCCAUGGCUGGCGGCCCUCGCUCCCGGGCCCGCGCCCCGGCGGCCGCGCUGUGGCUCCUGUGCGCGCUCGGCCUGGCGGGCACCCUCGCCGGGCCGCCGCCCACGCCCCCCGCGCUGCCCGCCGCCGCCGCCUGCCUGGACCGCUUCACCCCCGGGGUGCCCGCUUUCGUGCUCGACACCGACGCCUCGGUCAGCAACGGGGCCACCUUCCUGGGCUCGCCCGCCGUGCGCCGCGGCCGGGACUGCGUGCGCGCCUGCUGCGCCGCCAGCGGCUGCAACCUGGCGCUGGUGGAGCUGCAGCCCGCCGGCGGGGAGGACGCCGCCGCCGCCUGCUUCCUCUUCAACUGCCUCUACGAGCAGAACUUCGUGUGCAAGUUCGCGCCCAAGGAGGGCUUCGUCAACUACCUCACGAGGGAGGUAUACCGCUCCUACCGGGAGCUGCGGACUCAGGGCUUUGGAGGAUCCAGGAUCCCCAGGAUCUGGGCAGGCAUAGACUUGAAGGUACAGCCCCAGGAACCCCUGCUGCUGAAUGGUGUGGAGAACACAGACUGGCGCCUGCUGCAGGGUGACCCGGACGUCAGGGUAGAGAGGAAAGAUCCGGACCAGGUGGAGCUGUGGGGACUCAAGGAAGGCACCUACCUGUUCCAGCUGACAUUGGACAGCUCUGACCAGCCAGAGAGCACGGCCAACAUCACCGUCACCGUUCUCUCCGCCAAGCAGACGGAAGAAUACUGCCUCGUAACCAAAAAGGUGGGCCGCUGCCGUGGUUCCUUCCCCCGCUGGUACUAUGACCCCAAAGAACAGAUCUGCAAGAGUUUCGUGUAUGGAGGUUGCUUGGGCAACAAGAACAAUUACCUCCGGGAGGAAGAGUGCAAGCUAGCCUGCCGCGACGUACAAGGUGGGCCUUUGCAUGGAGGCUUUGGGGCUCAGGUGACUUUCCCUCAAGGUUCCUCCACGGAAAGGCGCCAUUCAGUGUGCUCUGACACCUGUCCCUCCUCCGAGUUCCGCUGCAGAAAUGGCUGCUGCAUCGACAGCUAUUUGGAGUGUGAUGGCACGGCCGAUUGCUCUGACGCCUCCGACGAGGCCACCUGUGAAGAAUACACCAGUGGCUUCGAGGAGCUUCAGAGCUUCCGUUUCCCCAGUGACAAAGGGCACUGCGUGGACCUGCCCGACACGGGCCUCUGCAAGGAGAACAUCCCUCGCUGGUACUACAACCCCUUCAGCGAACGCUGCGCCCGCUUUACCUACGGCGGUUGUUACGGCAACAAGAACAACUUUGAGGAGGAGCAGCAGUGUCUGGAGUCCUGUCACGGCAUCUCCAAGAAGGAUGUGUUUGGUCUGCGGCGGGAAGCCCCCAUUCCCAACGAAGGCUCCGCGGAAGUGGCCGUUGCGGUGUUCCUGGCCGCCUGCAUCGUGGUGGUGGUGGCCAUCCUGGGGUACUGCUUCUUCAAGAACCAGAGGAAGGGCUUCCAUAGCUACCGCCACGGCCACCGCAACCCCCAGCCCCCCACCCCCGCCAGCUCCACCGUCUCCACCACAGAGGACACCGAGCACCUGGUCUACAACCACACCACCCGGCCCCUCUGAGCUGGGCCCUCACCGGCUCUCGCCAGCGCUCACCUGACCCCGCUUCCUCCUCGCCAAGGAGGAGGCCUGGGCUGGGAAAGACUUUGGGGCCAGACCCUGCCUGCUGCUUCUCAGGCCUCCGCCUCAGAGGCCUGUCAGAGGUGUCUGAGCCAGAAGGCUCCGUGUCUGAAAGGAAAGAAAGCCUUGGAGCCAGGAGUCCCACAGAUGGACCAGCUGACCUUGGAUUUCAGAGGAAGUUGGAGGCCUGUUUCCUGCCCAAAGCUGCCUGCCCCACACCGUGGUGUUGGGGAGGGGACUGGGCGGCGCCAGAAGCUGGAGGCCCAACCCUGUCCUCCAGCACCACUCCUCCCACUCUGCACCGUGCAGAGCUGGGGAAGGACCUCCUAUGAAUUCUGUGCUGUA